AUGAAGGCAAAUGUUGUGACGAGCGCUCUCAACUUCGACACACCAGACUGUCACAUCACUGGCAGCUGCGAUCUCUACACAACAAAGGCUGCGGGUUCCGAUAAGCGUCUUUACAAGAACAUCCAACAGUCUCUCCAAACCCAACAUGACAACCUCAUCAAGUUUGGCAAGUCACUGUCACCACCUCAGCGCGAAUCAAUCGCUGAGACAAUCAACUUCGAGCGGUCGUCACCGUUCGGCUCCCUCAACGAAAAGGCGAACCGCAACACCUACGCCUACCUAAUAGCCACCCUCAAUGCGUCGCAUCCCGACUACGACUUCUCGAAUGUCCUGCGACCCGACGACUUCAAGCGCGAGAAGGAGUUGCGCCGUGUUAUGGCCCACAUCGAUAGUACCCUUCAAAGCGUGCGGCCCAACUCGUCCUACUUGGACGUUACAAUACCUCGCAUGGGCUCCUCGCCCGCUGCCGCCUCCAGCUUUGGCUCCUCGGGCCUCGCUAUGUCACCGGUCUGGGGCCCCGCCAUGUGGGCGUCCAUCGACAAAGAGAUGGACCUCAAGGACUGCUCCAUCUUCUCAUACCAACCCGUCGACGCCCCCUUUGACGAGGAAGAAGGUGCCAUCUGGGCGCUCCACUACUUCUUCUUCAACAAAACUCUCAAGCGCGUCUGCUACCUCUACGUGCGCGGGAUGCCGGUCAUGUCCCAUAGUCCGAGAAUACCGGGUCACCACGCCAUCAUCUCCGCAAAGGGAGGACUCGUGCGACCCCGUCGGGUCCUCUACGGGAUCGACGAGGAGCUCGAUGACGCCGGAGCCAACAAGCGCGCUCGGUACUGGCUCGGAGACCAGUUCGCCGAGCGCGUCAUGGCGGAUGACGACGAGAUGGAGGCCGAUGACGGUCUAAUAUGGAACCGCGAUGCUGAUGGCGAUUUCAACCAUAACUAUCACGAUGAUGUCGAUUACGACUAUGAUGACGAAAGUCUGGGGGAUUUCGAAGAGGACGAAGAAGACCUCGAAGACGGUGCGAAUGCAGAUGACAACGCCAAUGACACUAAACAAACGACUUCGGCCGCCACCAAUAAGGGGGGCUCAAGUUGGCGCUCUCAGAAUGUUCCGUACCGGGGGGUCAGUGAGGAUAUCGCGUCGAGGAUGGAGAUUGAUGUCUAG